GUGGCCGAAGCAGAAAACUGAUGGACGUCGUUCCCAUAGCAACGUGCGCAGCCGGACAUGGCGCUGCUAGGAACAGGUGCUUAAUGUGAGUUAGUGGCUUCCAGAGGCUGCAGAGCGGAGGAGAACCCUGCUGGACUCAUGAUGUCCGCACAGCGCGGCUCGACGAAGCUGGACGUCGGCGUGUUGAGCGCCGAGCAGCGGGAGAAGCUGCGGCAGUUUAAGAUCGCGACCAGAAUCGACAACGAGGAGUAUCUGAAGUCUCAUCCAGAGGUGCAGCUACUGAUAGGCGACUUCCUGAGGUGCUUCUUAAAAGGCCUGAUGACAUCCGUGAGUUUGCUGCAGAUCACUUCACCAACUCAAACCUUCGUUCAGCCUAUGACUCUAAAAGAGAAGUAAACACAGACAUGGAGUGACACAACAUAUGCAUGUAUGUAUUCAGAUGUAACAGUGUGGGUUUAUUUAAUUGGUUGCUCAACACUUUUAGUGUCCUAUUGCUACUGUAACAUGGAAUAUAAAGAGUGUUAUCAAAGGUUAAUGAGCAGGAUGUCCAGUGGGUAUUACGUGAUGUUUGUACUGUAACAUCACACAUGAUUGUGAGAGGAUGCUGCCUUUCGCCGUGUAAAGUGCUUGUAGUUUUCACUAUCUUCUGCUUUUUGUUGUAGUGUAUUGGUCAAACUCUGGGAUCCAUCGAUCCUUUCUGUCUAGAUGUCCUGUAUUAUCCUAACAAUAAUAAUUAUCUGCUGUUUAAACUUAAAUAAAUAAACACCAUACAACAUUA